UUCAUUCCCCUCGACUCAACACCAUCGUCUCCCCUUCCCUCCUACUCCCUCCCAUCAGUUGUUGCUAGUUUUAGGCUAUAGCUAGGUAGAUCAUUUCACUCCAGCUACAGUAGUGCCUUCUUUAUCUAUCCUCUAGUGAUCGCUGCGUGUGUGUGUGUGAGAGAGAGAGAGAUUCACCCAUCGACCAUGAGCAUCUCCGUGAACGGGCAGUCGGUGGUGCCGCCAGGGUUCCGGUUCCACCCGACGGAGGAGGAGCUGCUCACCUACUACCUCGCCAGGAAGGUGGCCUCGCAGCGCAUCGACCGCGACGUCAUCCCCAACGUCGACCUCAACAAGCUCGAGCCAUGGGACAUCCAAGAGCUGUGCCGGGUCGGAACUGGCCCGCAGAACGACUGGUACCUGUUCAGCCACAAGGACAAGAAGUACCCCACUGGGACGCGCACCAACCGCGCCACCGCCGCCGGGUUCUGGAAGGCCACCGGCCGGGACAAGGCCAUCUACUCCGUUGCCGGCUCCGGCCGCAUCGGCAUGCGCAAGACGCUCGUCUUCUACAAAGCCCGCGCCCCGCACGGCCACAAGUCCGACUGGAUCAUGCACGAGUACCGCCUCCACCACGCCGUCCCCGUCAACCCCACGGCCGGCGACGCCACCUACUACUCCAGCAGUGACUCUUUCCCGAUACGUGGCAUGGCCGGCGACCAGUCAUCGACGCAGGAGGACGGGUGGGUCAUCUGCCGGGUGUUCAAGAAGAAGAACAUCGCCGUGCAGCACCAAGAUGGCCAGAACCACGACGGUGGCGGCGCAUCGUCCAACAAGCUAGUCGGCGCCGGUGCCAUGGAGGGCAGCCAGACCAAGUGCUCGUCGACGUUGACUGCCGCAACCGACCACGCCAAGACGCAGAUGAAGCACUGCUCCGCCAGCGACGACGGGCUCGACCACAUCCUCAGCUACAAGGGCCGCUCAUCGACGGCAUCGUGCAGGCAGGAGACCAAGCCCACCAACCAGUCAUCGUCAGCGCUGGACCACCUGAUCAACAACGCCUGCCACAACGGCACCAGCACCCUGUACGACAAGUUCAUGAAGCUCCCACCACUCGAGCACGUCGUCCCCGGUGGGCUCCUGCCGCCGCCGCCGACCGAGUACAACAGGGACUGGGACGCUCUCGACAGGCUCACCGCCUACGAGCUCGACGGCCUCUCUAACCCCGCGUUGGCCGAGGCGGCGAACGGCGGUGGUGUCGUGGUUCUAAGCCUGACAGUAGAGUGGGGGAUAGGUAUGGAGAGGCAAGGUCCUAGCUAUGGAGAAGUUGUAAGCACAAAGGAUGUACGAGUUCAGGCCCUUCUCGGAAGAAGUAACAGCCCUACGUCUCGGAGCCCGGAGGCGGUCGAGUGGAUUAUGAAUGUAUGAAUUACAAGGUGC